UCUCUCUCUCACACACACACACACACACACACUAACUAUCAUAUGGGUUCUCUCUCACAAGAACACAAACUUGAUGUCAUUGAAUUCUCAGACAAGAACUCGAAACCCGGGACAGAAUCAUGGUCCAAAACAUGCGACGAAGUGGUCUCUGCACUCGAAAAAUAUGGUUGUUUUGUGGCAUCAUAUGAUAAACUCACCCAAGAAACACACACUACAGUUUUUCAAGCCCUAGAAGAAUUGUUUGAUCUCCCAACUCAAACCAAAGUCCAAAACAAAUCCACUAAGCCAUUAUACGGCUAUGUCGGCCAAAUCCCAUUCAUUCCUCUCUACGAAAGUAUGGGUAUCGAUGAUGCCGAUACCCUCCAAGGAAUCCAGAAUUUCGCCAAAGUUAUGUGGCCUAAUGGAAAUAACGAUUUCAGGUACGCAUUUUUCGCUUAUAUUUUUAGUCUUGUAGUAACUAUAUCUGCGCAUUCGCGCAUUCUGAAUCCCUAUUUGUACGGGAAAUUAAAUGCUAUACCUGGUUAUUUACAUGAGAAACUCGUUUGGUACACAAAGUUAGCAGCAGAACUAGAGAAAAUUGUCGUGCAGAUGGUGUUCGAGAGAUACGGAGUGGGGAAGCACUACGAAUCCCUCAUCGGUUCAGCAAACUAUCUUUGCAGGGUAAUGAAAUAUAGAGAACCUAAGUCGAAUGAAAAUAACAUGGGAUUUGUGUCUCAUACAGACAAGAGUUUUAUGUCUACAAUCCAUCAGAACCAAGUUGACGGUUUGGAGAUCAAAACCAAAGAUGGUGAAUGGUUUGGUGUUCAUCAGCUUUCUUCUUCAUCUGUCAUAGUU